AUGGAUCGGAAAUGGCCGACGACAAUUUAUUCAACUGUCGUUGAUGAGAGACAUCCUUUCACAUCGAACUCGUCCAGUAUGAUAGAGCAUUCAUUGUCGACUGCCGUUGAAGAAAGACAUCUUGUCCCAUUGAACCCGUUUAUUAUGGUAGCUGUACCGAUGGCGUUAGUAAUGGAACAAUCCGGCGAACAACAGCGCCGUCGUAUACAUUACCACACUUUACCGCAAUCACGAUCACGUCACUGUUGUGCUUACAAAUUCGGUGCACCAGACGGAAUCCAUCGUCAUGAAAUAGUAGAAAGGUUCGGGUCACGCGUUCCGCCGUCUCGUGAAGCAACACCUUAG